UAAAUUUCGUGUGGUUAAUAAUUCUACUUUCCUUUACUACUACAUUGUUUGCAGAUAAGUUAGUCGCUAUAAAAUAUAUUGUAAAUGACAUAUGCAGAUUACUUAGUCGCUGUCAAUAUGUUGUUGUUGGUGCUGUUCUACUAAAUUAAAAGCUAUAAAAUCGAUUUUGUAAGCAAGCAAAAGCGAAGUAGUGCUCUUUUUGUGGGCACAGUAAAAGUCCAUUUAGCUGCGUCGGAAGUCAUUUGUGUGUGUGGAGUUGGUGGUAAUAACAUUUCCACAUAGAGAUGGAUAAAAGCGAUCACAUUUCGGUAACAUUGUCCGGUGUCGGUGUGAGCGGCACGGAAGAAGAUAGUCUCAAUGCAAAACAGCCGCAACGACGUAGUCUGCGACGGUCUUGGAAUCAAUUACCCCGUUGCCAGCGCAACCUUAUCAUAUUAGCCGUGCUGGCGGUAUGCUUAACAUUAGUUCUAGUUUUAUACAACGAUCAAAUCGAUGCGGAGAAUAGUAGGUUAAUUAACAACAGCGGCGCUUUCUUAUAUCGUGACAAUCGCGAUACGGCUGACAGUGCCGCUCGAGUGCAGAAUGGGCUAAGCGAUGGUAUGAACGCGCAGCAGAUGCAAAAGAAUCUGAAAAAUCCCUUGCCGAAUAUUGGACCACCACCGCUGUCAUUCUCAAAUGACAAUGCGCCGGUAUUUAAAGAUAUAAAGGUGCUCGAUUCGCCCAAUGGCAAUAGGAAGAGUGAGGAUAACAUACAACACGGCGAAGAACCGCCGAAAGACAGUUUAUUACAAGGCCCAUUAGUCGAAUUUCCCAAUAAGAUAAGCAUACAAGAAAAUAAUGAUAAUCGCAUCGAUGAACCCGUCGGUGAGCCACAAUCUGGCGGUGCUGAUGAUGAUGAACGUGCCGCUUUGGAAGCAGCAGUACUAAAUCCACGCGUCAUACCCGGUACCAAUAAUGUUUUAAUUACCGAUUUUAUCAAUAAUAUGGAUGCCAAAAUGGUGGCGCAAAAACAACAUUUCCAUGGUGCCACAAAUGAGCGGCAGACCGCAGUUGUGGCAGCAUUUAAGCAUUCUUGGAAUGGUUAUAAAAAAUACGCUUGGGGUCAUGACAAUCUAAAACCGUUAUCGCAGAGUUCGCACGAUUGGUUUGGUUUGGGUUUGACCAUUGUAGACUCACUGGACACUAUGUAUAUAAUGGGUUUGGAGGAUGAAUUCAACGAGGGUCGCGAGUGGGUCAGCAAUUUCCUAACAUUUGAUAUCAAUCGUGAUGUGAAUCUCUUCGAAGUGACAAUACGUAUAUUAGGUGGUUUGCUCUCCGCUUACCAUCUGAGUGGCGACAAAAUGUUUCUAAGCAAGUCGAUCGAAUUGGGCAAUCGCAUGUUGCCAUGCUUUCUCUCCCCCUCGGGUAUACCAUAUUCAGAUGUAAAUCUUGCUUCAAUGUCAGCGCAUUCGCCAAAAUGGUCGCCAGACAGCUCGACUAGCGAGGUGACCACUAUACAAUUGGAAUUCCGUGAUCUCAGUCGCUCGACUAAUAUACCGAUUUACGAAAAGGUAUCGCAUGCAGUUAAUAAGAAAGUGCAUGAUUUGGAGAAAACGAGCGGUCUUGUGCCGAUAUUCAUAAAUGCCAACACAGGCACAUUCAGAAAUUACGCGACAAUCUCACUGGGCGCACGCGGUGACUCCUAUUAUGAGUAUUUGCUGAAACAGUGGCUACAGACUGGACGCAAAACUGAUGAUUUCCUCAUUGUGGACUAUAUGCGUGCAAUUGACGGUGUGCUCACGAAGCUGUUGCGUCGCACGCCCAAAGAGCAGCACGUCUACAUUGGUGAGCUGAUUAAUGGCAAAGAUUUCAAACCGAAAAUGGAUCAUCUCACCUGCUAUCUGCCCGGCACACUGCUGUUGGGCAACAAAUUCGGCAUGCCUACUUCACAUUUGUUGCUCGCUCGCGAUCUGCUCGAAACCUGCUAUCAAACGUACAUGCGUCAGCCGACACAAUUGGCGCCCGAAAUAUCCUAUUUCGCGCUGACGACCAAUGAAGAUCAGGAGAUCUACGUGAAACCCAAUGAUGCACACAAUCUUUUGCGUCCCGAAUUCAUCGAGAGUUUAUAUUAUUUCUAUGCAUUAACCGGCAAUCGCACCUACCAGGAUAUGGGCUGGAAUAUAUUCCAAGCGUUCGAGAAACACACCAAAGUGGCUUACGGUUACACGUCCAUUGGCAAUGUGAAGCAUAUAUUCAAUACAAGACUGCGUGAUAUGAUGGAGAGCUUUUGGCUGGGCGAAACGCUUAAGUAUUUCUAUCUGCUAUUUAGCGAUAAUCGUAAAGAAAUCGAUUUGGAUAAAUGGAUCAUCAAUUCCGAGGCACAUCUGGUGCCUAUGCGGAAUCAUUAAGUGCGCGCGCUCUUGCUUGCAUGUGCUUACGCGCGCGCGUGUGUGUGUGUGUGUGUAACGUAUGUACGUAAUCAUGACUUUUUUUUUUAAAGCGUAACGAAUCGGGUUGAGAGAACUCACAAUGUAAAUAAAUAUUCUCAGUAAUUAUUUAUACAACUCUAGAAUGAAAUCAAAUUUUGUCGCAUAACAACAAACUACUUUAUAUACAUGCAUACAUAAAUAUUUAUGUAAAAAUGUAGGUGUUUA